UCGCUAUUGGCAUCAUGCUGAUCCUCGACAAUUUGUACCGGAAAGGUUUUUAGCUGAAGAUCAAAAUCAUCAUCCAUUGACGAUGAUUCCAUUUGGUGGUGGACAUCGAGCAUGUAUUGGACAAGAAUUAGCUUGGCUAGAACUAAAAAUGAUCAUCGUCUGA